UUUUUCUCCAAUUUUGCGUUCUUGCGUAUUGCGUUUUUUGAGAUUGUCUCUUGCGUCCACCCCUUAUCCCGAUCCCGCCCAAUUCUAGUUUCAAAGUAAAAAGUUAAAAAUAAAUCCAAAUUUUCAGUAUAUAGCAACUUCAAGAGACUUUCCAAAAAUGCUGCCUAUCAUUCAUUUAGAUUAUCUUAGUUACAGAAAUUUUAAAUUAAGUGAAAGAGCAAAGAACGUUGAAAUCAACCAAUUAAAUGAAGUUAAAUAUACAAAAUACCAAAUCGUUAAUAUUCACAAUCCAAAAGUUAAAUUCUUAUUUUGUAAUGAAGAGCGGAAUGGAGCAAUGUACUAUAUUAAAAUCAGAAAAAUGGAAGAGUAGA